AUGUGCGUGGACUCCUCUUUCCCUCUCCUAGAUGCUCUCCUAGAUGCUCUUGUGGCCCGGCUGGAAUGGGCCCAGAUCAAGGCAGCCCCGUCCACCGCCGAGACCAACUUCGACCACCCAGCCGGACCUGUUCACAGCGAGCAUGCAGCUGCCAACGCCGCUGGCACACAGAACCACCAGACCGGCUCGGCGAUCGUGAGCGAACAGGCACCAGGCAAGCCCAAGUGGACGAAAUCCAACAAGCAUGUUGACUGGCUACCAGAGAAGCCACAGCCCAUCAUGCCGUUACUAUCAACAUUCUUCAAGCGCGUGUUCGAUGGCGCGCCCAAGCCGAUGAAUACACUCAACCAGGAUGUUCCCUCUUCACGUGGCCUUCCCCAGGCACCGCUAGCUUCAGAACGAGUCGAUCACCCUGCAAGGAGACAGAAGCUGGACUCGCAGAAGACUUUCACAGACUUACAAUUCCAGCCCGUCGAGACCGAAGCUGAGGUUCGCGCCCGUCGCAGGAAUUCGAUAAGUAGCACCCAGUCGAAUGCGCAAGGAGUCGGAAGCACCCAGUCGUCAAACAGCAGACCUCUUCAAGGAAAUGUCACGGAGUAUCGCCAACUCGAGUCACAAACGAAGGCCCCAAAAAGAAGACGGUUACGACGGAGGGACUCAAUGGGAAACUCGGCGACACACCCCGAGACUAUUGAGGACAGUGAUGACGACCCGGUACAUCUGGUGCACACGGGGUCCACAUUCGUGCGUAAGGAGCAGGAGGUUGAUGGUAGAGAGUUGAGCAACCGUUUUGUGCGGUCAGGACAACACGCCAACUUGGGAUUAUUAGGGAGGGCGCGUGCCAAGAGAGGGGCUACCGAUGACAUUGUGAACGAUCCGAAGCGAGUGAGGAAUUCAAGCCCCGACCCUUUGGCCGAGGAACCGACUUCUUCCAGCAACCGGCGACAGACGCGUCACACCCAAUCGAGCCCCAGCGAGUCCACCAGGGGGGAAAUCAAGCCAACCAAAUUCACAUCUCGCGCAAUACCCAUGGCUCCAACAAGAAGGCCGGGUCUUAAAAGGGUCGAACUCCCAGAGAUGACCGUUGCAAGGCAUAUCGUUCAGGCUGGGUUUCUUCUCCAGGCUGGAGUCUCUGGGGAUUAUGCGUACCCAGACCCGAAAGGUAGUCUUUACCAAAAGUGCUUCCUUCAGCUGCAUGAAGUCAGUACUAUACUUCAUCCCACGGACGAGGAUGGGAAACUCAUCGUUGGACUCUCUUUCCUUGCCGUCGACCUCAAGAGAGUCCACACGAUAAAGAUGGGUCACCCCCCCGUUCCCAUCAUAGCUAUACACCGCGCCGUUAAUCCGGGGAUGACGGCUCCGCCCAAGUUGCACCUGGAGUUUUCGAGCCAGGAUGAAGUGGAACACUUCUCGUCGUGGGUGCGCAUGUCGCGUGAGGAGAGACUGUCGGUCAAGAUGGAGAUUGAAAUACCCGACAAAUUGACAAGAGAGCUCAACAACUUGCGCAGCAAAGCUAGCAAGGGCGCCGUUCUGAGAGACUCUGAUGCAUCCUUACCACAGUUUGGAGACGACAUCAAGUUGAUUGAGCGUCAGCGCCAAAUGCAAUCACGAAAGGCGAAGGAACCGGUUAGGCAAACCCCGCCCAAGUCACAACGGCUGAGUAUCAAAGACUCAAUGGAGCGACCGCCAUCCCGCCACGAGGAGACCAUACAGGUGCCAGAGAGCCCGAAAGCCACACAGACACGAGCUACUCGUUCGCGGCCGUCGAGGCCAGUCGAAAGGCUUGAGACCCCCCCGAGAGGCUGGACCGAGGAUAAUCCAGGCUGGGCUGGCGAUUGGCGAAACUCAUUAGUGUAUCCUGCUCAGGGCAAAGACCGCGCUACCGUAGACAAAGAGGACAUUGCCAGGCUCGACGAGGGGCAGUUCCUGAACGACAAUCUGAUCAUCUUCGUCCUUCGUCGUCUUCAGAUUGAGAUGGAAAAGAACCAACCUGAACUUGCGCGAAGGGUUCAUUUUCACAACACGUUCUUCUACGACAAGUUGAAACCCUCCAAAAGCGGUGCUGGCAUCAACUACGACAGUGUUAAAGCCUGGACAUCCAGGGUCGACCUGUUCACCAAGGACUUCAUCGUCGUCCCGAUCAAUGAGUACUCGCAUUGGUAUAUUGCUAUCAUCUACAAUGCCCCAAAGCUUGUUCCUUCCCAUGACUCUGUGAGCGAGCCGCCGGAACAACAGAAUCCUAGUAGCAUCGCAGUUGUUCCCGUUGAUCUUGUCGAUGAUGGCGACAUGGUGGCAUCGACAGAUGUUGGUACCACCAAUGCUUCGAUCCCUUCAGCAGACACGGACAAGCAUACUCUCGAGAAGGAAUUGCGCCGGAUGUCCAUUAGUAGCUGUGAUGAUGCGAAGCAUGGCAAAAAGGCACAGGAGCUUCAGGCAGCUGACGAAAAUGGCGUUGUCGACCUGAUGAAUGGUGGCCAGGACCAUGACCAGGCACAGGAACAACAUCAGGUACAGGUUCGCAACGGCACCACCGAGCGUAAGAAGCAAGCCAGGAAGUCGAACGUGGGAUUGCGUAAGGCAGAUCCCAGUCAGCCCAAGAUCAUCACAUUGGACUCUUUGGGUUCUCGUCAUUCACCCGCGUGCUCUUACCUUCGCCAGUAUUUGAUGGCUGAAUUGAAGGACAAGAAGGGCGUGGAGAUACCCGACCCGGGGCGCAUAGGAAUGACAGCCAAAAACAUACCUCUGCAGGAGAACUACUGUGACUGUGGACUAUAUCUUCUUGGAUAUAUUCACGAGUUUUUGCAGAACCCAGAUGGUUUCAUUCACGGGCUUCUUGCGCAGGAAGAGCCUCAAUGGAAAAUCGAUGCACCGCAUCUGCGUCAAGAGAUUCGACAAACCAUCUUUGAGCUGCAAAAGGAACAACAGAGGCGGGAAGAUGCAGAAAGGGAUGAGAAACGACAAAGAAAGCGACAAGCCGCACUUGAUCAGCGGAACCUGGCCGAACGUUCAUCUUCGAGCGAUGCGAAUCAUCCUGAACUCAAGACACAGCCGUCAUCUUCUGCCUCGGCGAUAUCUCUAAUCAACAACGACAACAACACGGAAUCUGGCUCAUCCGUUAUUCAGAGUCUCGAGCGUGGCGAGGCUACUGACAGUUCCACGCUGCAUCAAAAUGAGAUGCGCACCAUCGAGGCAGGAAAACUUGGUUACGCCCGGAACACCAGACACGGUUCUCGCGAAGUCACCCCGAAAUUCAGGGCAGCCAUUGAAGAUCCAGGAGUGAACUCACUUCCCGGCACAUUCCCAUCAUCACCGCCUCGGCCAACGAAAGACCGAGCCAUUAUUGAGACCCCCAGGCGUUCGCAGCGAUCUGCCAGUAACACGACGGAGCGGGAGUUUUUACGACCCAUUCCUAGGUCACCGAGCACUCGUGAUGGAACCCCUGGUAACCCGGUAGCUGUUGAGGAGUCACCGGAGCCCCAUCCCUCGCGAGAUUUGACACGCGAUUUACAGCGAGACCUGCGAUCCGCAACUAAAGAGCUCAAAGGCUCCAAGAAGCCCGGAAACUCGGUGUGCAAUUGGUAUAUUCCACUCAGCACCAGUACCAGUAUUCAAAAGGACAAAAGCCAACCAGAAGCACGCGUGGCACGUCCGAAUGAGACAGCUACAGAUAGUGCCUACUUUCGGGGACCAUCAAGACAGCGGCCUCAAGACAGGGCAGGCCGUGCCGAGUUGGUCCUCAAGAAGCCGCCCACCAUCAACAUUGAUGACAUAUCUGAUUGA